AUGUCGUGCCCGUUUGCGAGACGGGCGUUGCUGAUCAGCGAGCGUGCGCCGACUGUUGAGGAAGAGAGUGCAGCAGGCUGGCUGGCUGCAAGCGGUCUUGUCGCCGCGCGACUCGGCGGCCACCACUUUGCAGGUGGUCGCGCGGCGGCGGCGGCGGCGGCGGCGGCGGCGGUUCCGCCCUCUCUGGCUCUGGGCGCACCCCCUGGCCGGCACGGUUCCUCUGCACGUUCCUCUACACGUUCCUCUGCGCGUUCCUCUGCACGUUCCUCUGCACGUUCCUCUGCAGGUUCCUCUGCAGGUUCCUCUGCACGUUCCUCUGUACGUUCCUCUGCACAUUCCUCUGCACGUUCCUCUGCAGGUUCCUCUGCAGGUUCCUCUGCACGCUCCUCUGCACCUUCCUCUGCACGUUCCUCUGCACGUUCCUCUGCACGUUCCUCUGCAGGUUCCUCUGCACGUUCCUCUGCACAUUCUUCUGCACGUUCCUCUGCACGUUCCUCUGCACGUUCCUCUGCACGUUCCUCUGCACGUUCCUCUGCACGUUCCUCUGCACGUUCCUCUGCACAUUCCUCUGUGCGUUCCUCUGUACGUUCCUCUGCACAUUCCUCUGCACUUUCCUCUGCACGUUCCUCUGCACGUUCCUCUGCAGGUUCCUCUGCAGGUUCCUCUCCAGGUUCCUCUGCACUUUUCUCUGUACGUUCCUCUGAACGUUCCUCUGCACGUUCCUCUGCAGGUUCCUCUGCAGGUUCCUCUGCACGUUCCUCUACACGUUCCUCUGCGCGUCCCUCUGCACGUUCCUCUGCACACUCCUCUGCAGGUUCCUCUGCAGGUUCUUCUGCACGUUCCUCUGUACUUUCCUCUGCACGUUCCUCUGCACAUCCCUCUGCACGUUCCUCUGCAGGUUCCUCUGCAGGUUCCUCUGCACGUUCCUCUGUACAUUCCUCUGCACAUUCCUCUGCACGUUCCUCUGCAGGCUCCUCUGCAGGUUCCUCUGCACGUUCCUCUGCA